AUGUCGGCGGAUCAAAUACAGACCCGUUAUCGAAGGCCAAAGGAGACAGCGAGUCGUCAGAGGCUACGGCUUAAUAGCACCGGUCUCUCCCUCCUCGGAUCUUGCCCCCAGGCUCUUCCUCCCACCAAGCCGCUACCCCUUCCCUCCUUAUCCCAUCCCCCUCCCCUUUUCCUAGCUUGCCGACGCCUAGAAUUAUCGAUAUUCAUUAUGCCUAAUAACUUAGUCAAUCUUUCUACCCAAAUGAGGGAUGCCAACACACCCGGUACCAAUGACGUACAACCAACCCCCGCCAACGAGCAAAGCUCAAACCCCUCCGUCGACUCCACCGCUACACCAUCUUCUACUUUACUUGUCCCCAACCCUACUUUACCAGAUCCUACCAACAACUCUUCCGAAAACACAAACACCCAAAAUCCCAGUCAAUCCGUAACCCCAUCCGCAAACCAUACCGCGACCACGACCGAAAAUUCAAACGCGAGAGAAAGCCAGAAAAGGAGUAGAACGUCGAAGUCAAACCCCAAUGGCACCAACGCUAAAGAGUCAGGCCCGACGGGAUCGGAUGGCAGCCAAAGACAAAACAACCAACCGAACGGUCUAGCUACCUUGUUAGGAGCAAAACACAGUAAGUGA